AUUGAAACUUAAAAUUACUGUGAGGAACUUUUUGUUGAAGCGUACUCUGGGCACGCCCCGCAGACAAUGCCCCCAGUCUCCGAUACCUUGAUUUCUGAGCGAAAAGCAUCGGACCUGCCUGCUCGACAACGCUUUCUUUCAGGGAGUGCAGUUCAGUUCAGGAUAACUUUAGGAAGGAGAACAUGCAAAACCCAGUGGAAGGCAUGCCGAUGCAGUCCGACGGCUACGAGCGACUGGAAGAUACAAGGGAAACGGCGAUGACGAACAAUGCGGUGCGGUUUGUCCAGAUUCCGCCACCUCGGGACCACGUUCUCUGGUCCCUGUUUAACUUAUUCUACAUGAACGCGUGUUGCCUUGGAUUUGGGGCUCUUUACUUCUCAAUAAAGUCCAGAGACCGGAAAGUGGUCGGCGACAUGGAAGGCGCGCGAGAAUACGGGUCCACCGCGCGCUGCCUCAACAUCGUGGCGCUCUGUCUCUCCCUGCUUUUCUUCGCCAUCGUCAUCAUCUGCUUGCUGUGGACGUAUUCUUAAUAUUGUUUGCUAUUAGUUUUUAUUACACAUUUUCAAAUAGUGUAACUGAGAUGGCUAAUGUGUACAAUAUAUAUAUAUUUUUUAAAAGGUUGACUACAGUCCUUAUUUGAUUGUAUUUUUGUACAGCUGAUGGUUCUCAGCAUGGCAGUUACCAGCUCACUUCAAGUCUUGGUGAUGCUGACCCAAAGGCCUACACAAUGCACUGUUACACCAGCCAAUGCUAAAUGGCUGUCCUGCCCUUUUCGAGACUUGGCCACCAGCUGCUGGUGCUCACUGUUGCCUGGAUACUGGCAUGCCACUGUUGAAACGUGUGGCUAUUUGAGUUACUGUCACCUUCCUAUCGGCCCUUCUCCUCUGUCCUCUCUCAUUAACAUGGUGUUUUCGCCCACAGAACUGCCACUCACUGGGUGUUUUUUUGCACCAUUUACUGUAAAUUCUUGUGUGUGACCAAAUCCCAGGAGACCAGCAGUCCAACCACUAUUCCGCAAUAAAAGUCACAUCCAUGUUGAUACUGGUCUUGGUCUGAACAACAUCUUGACCGUGUCUGCAUGCUUUUAUACACUGAGUUUCUGCCACAUGAUUGUUUGUUAUUUGCUGGUGUACAGGUCUAUGUAAUGAAGUGGUCACUGAGUGUAUACACAGACACAUAAUUAAAACCACCUGCUUUAAACGAUAUAAACUUGUCUAUCAACACUUAAUAUUUCAUUAUAUGAUCUCUGUACUUGUAUAACCAGAUAAUCAUAUGUGAAUUGCAUUAAAAAGUUCAAGUUUUAA